AUGUCUGCGCCAUCUGGACAGUCCCUCCAGACCUACGGCUUCCAGACUUCCGUCGACAUCGCACGCCAGAACACAUACGACAUAGCUCCUGUGGCUGGACAAAAGCGACCUGCAGAGCAUUCCACAAGCAACAACAACCCGCUUUCAAGUGCAAAGCAGCCUGCCAACUUCAAUGAAUUAGCCGGUCAACCGGUAGAUUUCAUAAGGCCUUCGCUAGAACUGCCUAGAGGUCGUUUAGUUGCCAGUGAUAUUCGCUCGGCUGCAGCCAAUGUCCCUGAUAGAGAUCCACCGCUUCGUUCUAUGCGAAGUGCCGAAGAAGAUUCUGCCGAUCAUCCUCUGUUGUCUCUGAGCAAUCCUGUGUACGGACUACCGUCCGUUUUAGCCGCAAAUUGGGCGGCUAUCGGACUUAAGAACAUAUACCAAUGGCAAGCAUCGUGCCUGCUGACUCCAGGACUGCUCGAUGGCAGCCGACACCUGGUGUAUACUGCUCCCACCGGCGGAGGAAAAUCGCUUGUUGCCGACGUUCUCAUGAUUAAGCGCAUCGUCGAUAACCCGGGCCGCAAGGCAAUUCUGGUCCUUCCAUAUGUAGCGCUGGUACAAGAGAAACUGAAGUGGCUAAGACGUCUCGUACAAGAUGUUGAGAAAAACAUCAGCGACCCCGACGAGAAGGUGGACAAUACGAGACCAUAUCACCAGCGCUGGCGCAAAUUACAAAAGUCGAUUCGUGUGACAGGCUACUUUGGGGGAAGCAGAACUGCUGCGUCCUGGGCUGACACGGACAUUGCCGUCUGUACCAUCGAGAAGGUGUGGCCAAUAUCCUCUACUAGUCCCAGAGAACUUCUCCCCCAUAAUUCAUGGAUGCUAACCAGGCCAUCUUACAAGGCGAACUCCCUGAUCAACACUGCCAUUGAAGAAUGUAGUAUCGGGGAGCUGGGCGUAGUUGUUCUAGAUGAGCUACAUAUGCUUGACGAUGAGCACCGUGGAUACCUUCUGGAACUGAUGGUUACAAAACUGCUGCUCCUGCGACAGAACAUCCAGAUCAUUGGGAUGAGUGCUACACUAUCGAAUACCGAGAUGUUGGCGGAGUGGAUGAAUGCAGUUUACCACGUAUCAACUUACCGCCCGGUUCCAAUUGACGAAUACCUCGUUUACGAGAAUGCGAUCUAUCCCGCCGCAACCUCGAGGCAAUUGUUUCAGACAAUAUCACGACUGAAGUCAGCUCCAACGCAAUCUCUCGUUGAGACUAUGCCUCCUCAUCGCAUCGUUGCCCCCUCAGCCUUUCGAGAACUUGCGAAUGCCAUGACAAACGCGACAGUCGCCUUGGCCAUUGACACGGCAUCUGCUGGGUAUGGUGCUUUGGUAUUUUGUGGCAGUCGACAGGCUUGCCAGAUCCAAGCGGCGAUCAUCAGUGAAGCUAUGCCAGCCCCUGGGGAGAACACGGAAGACUUGAACAAACGACUGGACCUGGUUGCCGAACUCCGGAGCCUUCCCAGCGGCCUAGACCCUGCUCUUGAAAAUACCCUCGUUAGAGGCGUCGGCUUUCACCAUGCAGGCAUGACGACUGAGGAGCGCGAACUGAUUGCACAGGCUUAUGACCAGGGUGCUCUCAGAGUGCUUAUAGCGACUUGCAGCUUGGCCGCUGGCGUCAAUUUACCCGCCAGACGGGUUUUGAUCAAUGGGGCACGCAUGGGCCGAGAACUCGUCGGGCCCGCCAUGCUACGACAAAUGUGCGGAAGAGCCGGUCGCAAGGGAAAGGACGAAGCGGGCGAGACGUAUCUCAUAUGUGGCAAUAGUGACCUACAAGCUGUCUGUGACCUUCUCGAAGCUGACAUGCCGGCCAUUGAAAGCUGUCUAGCUCCGGAGAAGAGAGGCCUCAAAAGGGCCCUCUUAGAAGCCCUCGCUACCGGCCUCGUAUCCGGGUAUGACGCAAUCAAGGAAUAUGUCAGGUGCACCUUGCUUUACCGAACAGUGGACAGAAAGCUAGCCUAUAGUAUCAUGCAAUCUGCACUCCAAGAAUUGGUCAAGGAAGAACUCGUGCAUGUUGAUGAUGAUGAAUCAUCAUAUUCAGCGACACAGCUUGGACAGGCUGUAGUCGCGUCCGCAUUUGCACCCGAAGAUGGUUUAUUUGUCCAUGAAGAGUUGAAACGGGCUCUGCAAGCUUUCGUCAUGGAUGGCGAUAUGCAUAUAUUCUAUAUGUUCACGCCCCUCCGAUUAGCUGCUGGGACUCACAUCAAUUGGCGCAUUUUUCGAGAUCAGCUUGAUAAUCUGGAUGAAAGUGGGCUGCGUGCCCUUCAAUUUGUUGGCGUCCAACCUGGAUUUGUGAAUUACAUGGCCCAGAGCGGCGGGUCGCUCAAAGAAAAUUCAACAGAGCAGAUCAAGCAAGCCAGAAUCUAUCAGCGGGCAUAUACUGCAUUUCAGCUUCGUGAUCUGAGCAAUGAGGUUCCGUUGUCAGUCAUCGCAUCUCGGUACCAGAUACCACGGGGCUCUGUCCAGAGCCUGGCACAGCAAUGCCACGGGUUUGCUGCAGGUAUUGUCAAAUUUUGUCAACGCAUGGGUUGGGGAAUGUUGGCUGCAGUUUUGGAUCAUAUGCAGGAUCGCUUAGAGGCUGGGGCCCGGGCUGACCUACUCGAAAUGGCACAGGUUACGUAUGUCAAGGGUUGGACUGCCAGGCUACUCCGAGAAAAUGGUUACCGGAAUCUGAGGGCCCUGGCAGAAGCGGACUCGAAGGAUCUGGUCCCUAUUUUGAUGAUGGUAAACCCGCGCAAAGCCCAGAAAAGCCAGCUUCAUCCUGCAGAAGCCGAGCGCUAUGCGAAGAAGCUUUUAGCCAAAGCAGAAAUCAUCAUUGGGUCGGCCAACAAGGUCUGGGGUUGA